AUGCAUUUCGCAUUGCCUCCGCGGAGGAGCCCCCAUCCUCUCCCAGGCGCUCGCUCGUCGCGAUUACCGUUGCACCGCAGGAAACAGCUCAAGACGAUCGCCUUGAUCGCUUUCGCGGUUCUUUCUAUUCUCUACCUGCUCUCCCACUUCUACUCCUGGAGCUCGACUAUCAAGGCGCCGGCUGCAACGGCAGGUGUGGUGAUCGUGACGUUGCUGGAUCAUGAACGUUUUAGUGAGAGCUAUAUCAGCAAGGUUGUCGCUAACAGAGAAGACUAUGCGAAGCGCCAUGGGUAUACCAACUUCUUCGCAAGCGUCUCCGACUACGAGGAAGCAUUCGGCGACUCCCCCCGAAGCUGGGCUAAGGUUCCAGCCGUCCGCCAUGCUAUGGCUCUCAAUCCUACCUCGAAAUACUUCUUCCAUCUGAGCCCGCACGCCCUCAUAAUGAACCCGGCGCAGUCCCUCAAAUCACACCUUCUGGACCGCAGCCGUCUCGAGUCGGUCAUAUUGAAAGAUGUCCCCGUUGUGCCGCCGGAUAGCAUUAUCAGGACAUUCUCGCAUCAGAAGGAGAAGGACGUCGAUCUUAUCUUGACGCAGGACGUCGAGGAUCUCAAUCCGGGCAGCUUCAUCCUCAAGAACGGUGACUUUGCUCGCUAUUUCUUGGAUCUGUGGUUUGAUCCGCUUUUCCGAAACUAUAACUUCGCUAAGGCGGAGACUCAUGGGUUGGAUCAUAUCAUGCAAUGGCAUCCCACUGUCCUCGCCCACACUGCCCUGGUCCCUCAGCGGUAUUUGAAUGCUUUCAGCAAAGACUCGACGGGUCCUUCUCCCGAUGGCUCGUACAAGGACGGUGACUUUAUCAUUCGCUUCCCUGCGUGCGAGGAAUCCGAGACUGGUGACUGCCCAGAGCUCGAGGCUUAUUAUAAGCUAUGGCAGAAAAAGAAUAAAAGCGAGCGAGACGCCUGA